AUGAAGUUUUGUCUCCUGAAUGUAUUGGUGGAAAUAAUUCUCCUGAGGAAAGGGCAAGCUAUCUUGGUGAAAAAGCUCACUCAUGGACCUGGGGAGGAAGCCUCCUUCCCCUGUGAAGCUAUGGGCUAUCAAACACCUUUGUUCUGGCUCCCUCUGAAUCCCAAAUGUGCGAACACCAACACAGAGAGAGUGGAAAUAAACUGGAAUCCCACCAGGAAUGAAGUGAUUCCUCUUCGGUUCAAAAAGCGUCUCAUCUAUCAGCCUCCACAAUUACUAAUCCUUAAGAACCUCAUCAUGAGUGAUUCGGGGAUUUACAUCUGUCACUUAUCCAAUGGUUCAGAAACUCACACCAUCCUGCAGGUAACCACAGGCUGCCACAACAAUAUCUUGAUCUCCUCCCAGUGGCUCAAUGUCUCCUCUUUGCAGCUCACGUGCCAAUAUUGCAAUAACUGGAAUACGGACAGUCUCCGUUGGCUGCUGAACUCCAAGCGACUAGGCAAAUCCCGUUGGGCUAAGAAGAGAGAUAUCGGCUCUUCAGUAUUAUUACAUCCCAUCCAGGAUAAGAUAUGGGGACGUUGGGAAUGCCAGUCAAUUUUAAAUCCUUAUUGGAGUUCUGAAAUUUGCUUGAGGCCACCUGCUGGAGAGACAGAUGAAAUUCCUGAAUAUAUCGAUUCUACUCAGCCCACCUGGUCAGCAUUAUCUGCUUGGUCAAGUCCUGCUAUCAUUCAGACGACCGAAGUUACACAGAGACACCAUGCUGUGGAUAGAAUUGCUACCUGGACUUGGAUGCUGCUGUUAGCUGGUCUGGCUCUGAUCACAGCUGCCCUGAGUGUGACCUUGUAUUUUUGGAAAAAAGAUUUUUCGGGCAGGUAUCCUCAUAACAACGCUGCAAGAGUUACUGGUGAAAGAAUGGAGCCUACAGAUUUUGCUUCUGCCCGAAAUCCCAUCAGAAAGGAGAAAAUAGGCAAGCAGGGGAGUUUGGAUGAGAGAUCUGCUUCCCUUAAUUAUGCACAGCUGCAACAUCUCCAAAGAAAAUCUCCCACCAUUCACACUCCGGACAAUGCCACAGUAUAUGCUGUGAUUGUCUGAUAUCAGCUUUCAUCCCUUCCUACAUGCAUUUGAAGACUGCAUCUUUUACCUGACUGUGUUACCUGUUAAGCUUCACCUGGGCUCUGCUUCUAACAGCAUGUUAUGGAGCCCAUCAGGCAGAGGACCGAGCAAGUCUUCCCAGCUCCAAGUAUUGAAUGAGAGUUUUCCUUGACUACAUGUUUCCUUUCAGAAGGGCGGGAUAAGACAUAAUUGAGCCAUGGUGGCGCAGUGGUUAGAGUGCAGUCCUGCAGGCUACUUUCCCUGACUGCUGGUUGCCUGCAGUUUGGCAGUUCGAAUCUCACCAGGCUCAAGGUUGACUCAGCCU